AUGGGCAGCAAGGCGCUGAAGUUCGGCGUCGCCGGCGACCCCCCCGCGGACCUCGGGGCGCAAGCCGAGACCAAACCGAGCAACUCUGAUGCAACUGGCCUCGCUACAGACGGCGCGCCCGGCGCCGCGGGGGUGGCGCAGCGGCUCGCCGCCUCGACCCUCAAAGCGAACGUGCAGGACUUCGUCCCGUCGUCGUCCAAGAGCAACGGGCCCACGCCCCGGCCCAGCCCCGGCGCCCGGCCCGUGGUGGACAGCGGACUAGCAGGGGCCAUGUCCCGGGCCGGAGAGUUCCGCCCAGGCUCCACCGGGCCUAGCCCGUCCGGCCCCGGCGGCCGCGGGCGCCCCCCGGCCACCGCCGGCGACUACCGUGGCGGUCCUGGGCGGGGCCCGAUGCACGGCGGGGGCCGCGGCGGGGGGCGCGGCGGCGGGCGCUCCCCGCAGCAGUUCAUCUCGAGCAGCCCGAACAUCGCCGGCCGCGGCCGCGCGCGCCAGGGCCAGGUGUUCGCCGAUGAGCGCCUGCGCGCAGAGCUGCAGCAGCUCCGGUGGGCGCAGCAGACGGGCUGCUCCGCGGAGGAGCUCCAGGCGCUCGGCGUCCGCGCGGAGGUCGUCGAGGGGUUCCACACCAUGGCCCCGCUCGAACCGCCCCUCUCGCCUGGUCAGGACCGCGGCCCACUGGGCGUUGCGAGCACGGUGUUCAAGGGCAUCAGCGAGGUCGACGGCCUGUGCUACGCGCUGCGGCGGUUCGACGGCCGCCAGCUCCCGCCGACCGUCGCUAUGCGCGAUCACGCGCUGCAGCUUCAGGCGCGCUGGGCGCGGCUCGCGGACCACCCGUCGCUGCUCGUCCCGCGGCACGCGUUCGUCACCUCUGACAUGGACCAGAUCCCGACGCUCGUCCUCAUCCACGACUUCCUCCCGCGCGCACAGACCGCGCAAGCGCUCCACAUCGACCCGUCGCGCGACGCGCAGUCCGGCGCGCUCGUGCACCGCGCGCCGUCCGAGGGCGCGCUGUGGAGCUACCUCGUGCAGCUCGGGAACGCCCUGCGCGCCGUGCACAACGAGGGCCUCGUCGUCGGCCCCGCGGCGCUGCACCCGACCAAGCUGCUCCUCGCGUCGAUGGGCCGCCUGUGCAUCGGGUCGAUCGCCGCCGCGGACGUCAUCCGGUUCGCACAGACGCAAGGCUCGACUGAGACUGGGACGCCGCGGGAGGACCUCGAGGCGCUCGGGCGGACCAUGCUGCAGCUGGCGUGCGCGGGGAGCGGCGCGGAGCCCUCCCUGGCGCUCGCCGCGGAGCGCCAGUCGUCCCAGCUGGCACAGGUCCUGGGCGACCUGCUGGGCGUGGGCAACGGGCCCGGGUUCGGGACCGCCGCGGAGCUGUGCGUCGCGCUCGCGCCGUACGCGUUCAUGGAGCUCGACGCCGCCUCGGCGCGCAACGUGUUGUUGUUGAACGAGCUGUCGAAGGAGGUCGAGAACGGGCGCGUCGCGCGGCUGCUCGUGAAGCUCUGCACCGUCGUGGACCGCCCGGGCGAGCGCCCGCAGUUCGGCGCCGAGUCGGGCGACCGGUACCUGCUACGGCAGCUCUUCCACCACGUGUUCCACCAGAGCAACCCGGAGACGGGCGCGCCCGUCGUGGACUGGGGCCACGUCCUCGAGGCGCUCGGGAAGCUCGACGCCGGGACGCGGGAGCGCGUUCCGAUGCUGGCGCGCGACGAGAGCUCUCUGCUGGUGGCGUCGUACAGCGACAUGCGGCACAGCCUCGAGGCGGCGUACCGGGGGCUGCUGGCGCAGGCGCAGGGGCCUGGGCAGGGCGGGAUGCGGUGA